UCCGCAACAUCCUGACUGGCCGAGGCUGGUGAUCGCAGGCAGCAGCAGCGGCAAGCCCCCACAAGACGGAUGAAUUAGAAAACCUGCAGUAACCACCGCCACCCCCUUUUCUUUUCUUUUAUUCAUUAUUUAUAUUGAAGAGUCGGUCUCUAAACACUGCUGCCCUCAUCUUGACAGUUUGAAGCGGAUACAAGGCUUCCAUAGACAGAUUCACUAUGGGGAUCAAGGCUGCCCUCCCCAGAUAUGAGCUGUAUCUCUACACAGCUGUACUCGCCGGGGCCUUGAUAUGGGCAGGCAGUUGGAUAGCUGAAGCUUCAAGUGAGAAUGUAAACAGAAAAGCCUUCAAAGAAAGUGUGAAACCAGGAUGGCAUUACUUUGACAGGAAAAUGGAUGUUGCAGACUUCGAAUGGAUGAUGUGGUUCUCUACAUUCCGCAAUCAUAUCCUUUUUGCUCUCACCGGUCAUGUUAUCUUUGCGAAAAUAUUCACCCUGCUCGCUCCAAAGAUUGGCAUACAUGGAUGUAAGCACAGAUCCUUGAUCUUUGGUGUGUACGGUGGUUUGGCAGUCCUGAUCACGAUGGGCUGGACCUUCAUGGCUCUGGUUCUGUCUCACUGCAUCAUACUCUACAGCGUCGCCCUGGUAAAGAUGAAAUGGUUGUGCUUUGUGGCCGGCCUUACCACGCUGGCCUCCCUCAAGCUGGAGCCCUAUAACUCCUGGCAGGAAACCUUGGUGACCGGCUCUUUUGACCUGCAAGACAUCCUGUUCUAUGGAGGCUGCGGCUUCAGCAUCAUGCGCUGUAUGAGCUUUGCUUUAGAGAACUGUGAGAAAAAAGACGGAAACUACACAUUCUCUGACCUGCUGAGAUACAACUUCUACCUCCCCUUCUUCUUCUUUGGACCUAUCAUGACUUUUGACAGGUUUCAUGCCCAGGUGAACAACACCCAGCUGACCCGCAAGGACAGGGAGAUGUGGAACAUCACCACCAAGGCUUUGGUGCAUCUGGGAGUUAUUCUGGCGGUGGACGUCUUCUUCCACUACCUCUACAUUCUGACAAUCCCCAAUGACAUGAAGCUGGUCACCAAGCUUUCUGACUGGUGUCUGGCUGGUCUGGCUUAUUCCAACCUGGUUUAUGACUGGGUGAAAGCCGCCAUGAUGUUUGGUGUCAUCAACACCGUGGCAACACUGGACCACCUGGACCCUCCUCAGCCUCCCAAGUGUAUCACCAUGCUCUAUGUCUUCGCUGAGACACACUUUGACAGAGGCAUCAAUGACUGGCUGUGCAAGUACGUUUAUGACUAUAUUGGCGGGGAUCACGAUCAAAUCUUUAAGGAGCUCCUGGCAACCUUCUGCACCUUCGCUAUCACCACCUUGUGGCUGGGCCCGUGUGAGCUGGUUUACAUCUGGUCCUUUUUCAACUGCUUUGGCCUAAACUUUGAGCUGUGGGUGGCCAAGCUCUUCUCCCUUCCGCCAUUCUCGACCAUAGAGCGUAUGAUGGGUGAAGCCAUGUCACGCAGGAUCCGGGGUGUGUUCAAUGCUGCCAACUUCUGGACCAUUGUACUCUACAACGUUCUCGCCCUGAAUAAUUUGGAGUUUGCCAAACUGGUGGGAAGACGACUGAUUUUCAAAGGGUUUCCUCUGUCCUCCCUCUCAGUGUUACUUGUGACCUACUGUGGCGUGCAGCUGGUGAAGGAAAGGGAGAGACAACAAGCCCUGCUGGACGAUCCGGAGCCAGUGAAGCCAGUAGAUGGGGGCAAAGAAAAAGCAGAAUAAACAGGGAGAAAAUAACUGACUGUCACAGACUUCACGGUCAACAGUCCCCUCACAUUGUUCCAUCAACGGCCUUGUGAACUGUACCUAACCAGACUGUAACAGCCAGUCAGCACCUGUAUUGUUCACAAGCCUGUGUUUUUGCUUUUGUUUGUCAGAAGCGAGGCAAUGUUUUGAACUGUGAAAUAUCCUCAAGUGCACUUGCUGUAGAUAAUCGCCACAUCCUUUGGCACAAAUCCACCGAUGGUGCAUUUUGUAUUUGUAUUUUAUCUGAACAAAAGAUUGUUUAACAAAUGAUACCUAAUAGUAUAUUAUUAAUAGUAAGACAUACAGUAUUGUAAAGGAACAACUACUUUGCUCUGCGCGGUUGUCUCCUGUGUUCAUUUUUGAUUCUUCUCAGAUUUGGACAUUCUUCCUUUUUUAUAAUCAUCGUCAAUAUGAUUAUUUUCAGUGAGAUGGUGUCUUAAUUUUGCAUUAAAUCAUAAUCAUUACAAUGUUUAACCCUACUAAAAGGGUUAAAACUUGAAAUCAGGGUGCCACACACAAAGUGCAGUGAAGAAAAUAAACAAAGGGUGCUGUGGAGGUCCUCCACAUAACUUGCAGCUGAUUGUAAUGUAAAUUUGCUCCAAUGUCACACAGCAAUUUACAAGUCACAAUGUAUAGGAUAGUCUACUUUAAAGUUGAGGGAGAAUGUAUUAGAUCGCUUGUAAUGCUGAAAAAUUGAAUGUAGUUCAACCGUCCAGAGAACGACAGCUUUACUCCACUACCAGGCCACUACUGUAUUUGUGACAUUUUCCCUCCACCCUCUUACACAUGAUCCAGGUCCCCCCACUCGCUAUGAAAGGCAAUAGACCCUUAAGCGAAUAUGGGUCACUCUUAUCUUGCCUGUCACCAAAACCUGCUGUCUGGCUACAGUGCAGCAGGCAGAGAGAGAAAACGUGUAGCCUAUACCUUUUCUCAUUGUAGGGUUUUUAUUCAAAGGUGUUCAAAUGUUUGACUUGAAAUAAAGUUUAGUUUCAUCCAAAAGUGGCACAAGUAUAAGCUUGUUUUGUUGCAGUAUGGAGAUGAGACUAAAACGAGUGUAUUGUUGUUUCCUUGGAUGGGUAAGCACAGCCUGCAUUAAAACAUUUUAACAAUA